AUGAUCAUGAUAGCAGAUGCUGACGUCUCGGGCCUCAUCGCUUUGGUGAUUGGAGUUUGUGGAUUGAUUUUGCUCAUCAUCUCUACUACCGCAGUGAUGGGUCGAUUCUAUCGACGAAGAAUGGCAACACAACUCAGCCGAGCUGAUCUGCGAGCUACUCAUUAUCCCGAAAGUGCUGUUCCCACAAUGCAAACCGUGGGUGAACGACGGUUUUAUGUUGUUCCUGAAAGCCAAAUAUCGGUCAUUGAGGCUCCACCUUCAUACGAUGAUGCCCUUAAACACCCUGCGGUAAGUGAAACCAUGAAGAAUAAAUUUUUCUUGCAACUAUCUAUGCUUAAGGUUCCUACGUCACGAGCACCAGCCUACAUGAAUCGUGGCUACAUAAGCAGUACAACAUCUGAGGUAACAGUUUGUUGGUAUUAGUG